AUGGAUGCGAUCAAGGAUGGAAAGAAGAGUGGCCUGUUCACGAAGCGAUCUUUGGCAAAGAUGGCAAAGAUCCGGAUCUUGUUGGAGCCUGAGAACCAACCCGGUCCUAGUACAAGCAGGGAAGCACAAGAUUCGGAAGGUGUUCUUCCUGUGGCCGAACAAAGCAUCGAUGAUUCAUCGUCGUUGGAAGAUUUAACAUCCAUGGAUUAUUUACCAAUUGAAGAUGAGCAGGAACUGCAAAUUCUCGAGGAUGACGAGGAUAGUGAUGUUUCAGACUUCAUCAUAACGGAUACCGAUGAGGAUGAAGAUGAAUCGGACCCGGUUGUUGAGGAUGAUAGUACCCAAACUCAUAAUGCGUUCUCUAAGCCAACACUAUUAGCAACAGCCAUGGCGUACGUGAAAAUUAACGAAGAGCGACUGAUUAGUCUGGUCCAAGAAUGCCGGCUAAUUUGGGACCUGAGUGAUCCGAAAUAUAAGGAUAACCGGUUAAAGAAAGCAGCGAGGGAUGAGAUAAAAGAUCAGCUAAAUGUUCCCGAACAAGUAACCGAGGAGUAUUUGGAGGAGUUCGACGAGGAAGAGGAAGAGAUUGACCACGCUGGGGGGGAAACCAGUAACAGCGGUCUCCAAUUUAUCCCCAACCAAAAUAUACAGCCGUCAGGGCAAACAUCGGCCGGUCGGUCAAGGCGCGAAACCGACGGUGCCCUUCUCGAGGAGCUGGUGGCCCAAGAACAAGUAACCGAGGAGUAUUUGGAGGAGUUCCACGAGGAAGAGGAAGAGAUUGACCACGCUGGGGGAGAGACCAGUAACAGCGGUCUCCAAGCUAUCCCCAACCUAAAUAUACAGCCGUCAGGGCAAACAUCGGCCGGCCGGUCAAGGCGCGAAACCGACGGUGCCCUUCUCGAGGAGCUGGUGGCCCAAGAACAACCGUCAGGGCAAACAUCGGCCGGCCGGUCAAGGCGCGAAACCGACGGUGCCCUUCUCGAGGAGCUGGUGGCCCAAGAACAAGUAACCGAGGAGUAUUUGGAGGAGUUCCACGAGGAAGAGGAAGAGAUUGACCACGCUGGGGGAGAGACCAGUAACAGCCGUCUCCAAGCUAUCCCCAACCUAAAUAUACAGCCGUCAGGGCAAACAUCGGCCGGCCGGUCAAGGCGCGAAACCGACGGUGCCCUUCUCGAGGAGCUGGUGGCCCAAGAACAAGUAACCGAGGAGUAUUUGGAGGAGUUCCACGAGGAAGAGGAAGAGAUUGACCACGCUGGGGGGGAGACCAGUAACAGCGGUCUCCAAGCUAUCCCCAACCUAAAUAUACAGCCGUCAGGGCAAACAUCGGCCGGCCGGUCAAGGCGCGAAACCGACGGUGCCCUUCUCGAGGAGCUGGUGGCCCAAGAACAAGUAACCGAGGAGUAUUUGGAGGAGUUCGACGAGGAAGAGGAAGAGAUUGACCACGCUGGGGGAGAGACCAGUAACAGCGGUCUCCAAGCUAUCCCCAACCUAUAUAUACAGCCGUCAGGGCAAACAUCGGCCGGCCGGUCAAGGCGCGAAACCGACGGUGCCCUUCUCGAGGAGCUGGUGGCCCAAGAACAAGUAACCGAGGAGUAUUUGGAGGAGUUCCACGAGGAAGAGGAAGAGAUUGACCACGCUGGGGGAGAGACCAGUAACAGCGGUCUCCAAUUUAUCCCCAACCAAAAUAUACAGCCGUCAGGGCAAACAUCGGCCGGCCGGUCAAGGCGCGAAACCGACGGUGCCCUUCUCGAGGAGCUGGUGGCCCAAGAACAAGUAAGCGAGGAAUACUUGGAGGAGUUCCACGAGGAAGAGGAAGAGAUUGACCACGCUGGGGGAGAGACCAGUAACAGCGGUCUCCAAGCUAUCCCCAACCAAAAUAUACAGCCGUCAGGGCAAACAUCGGCCGGCCGGUCAAGGCGCGAAACCGACGGUGCCCUUCUCGAGGAGCUGGUGGCCCAAGAACAAGUAACCGAGGAGUAUUUGGAGGAGUUCCACGAGGAAGAGGAAGAGAUUGACCACGCUGGGGGGGAAACGAGUAACAGCGGUCUCCAAUUUAUCCCCAACCAAAAUAUACAGCCGUCAGGGCAAACAUCGGCCGGCCGGUCAAGGCACGAAACCGACGGUGCCCAUCUCGAGGAGCUGGUGGCCCAAGAACAAGUAACCGAGGAGUAUUUGGAGGAGUUCGACGAGGAAGAGGAAGAGAUUGACCACGCUGGGGGAGAGACCAGUAACAGCGGUCUCCAAGCUAUCCCCAACCUAAAUAUACAGCCGUCAGGGCAAACAUCGGCCGGCCGGUCAAGGCGCGAAACCGACGGUGCCCUUCUCGAGGAGCUGCCGUCAGGGCAAACAUCGGCCGGCCGGUCAAGGCGCGAAACCGACGGUGCCCUUCUCGAGGAGCUGGUGGCCCAAGAACAAGUAACCGAGGAGUAUUUGGAGGAGUUCCACGAGGAAGAGGAAGAGAUUGACCACGCUGGGGGGGAGACCAGUAACAGCGGUCUCCAAUUUAUCCCCAACCAAAAUAUACAGACGUCAGGGCAAACAUCGGCCGGCCGGUCAAGGCGCGAAACCGACGGUGCCCUUCUCGAGGAGCUGGUGGCCCAAGAACAACCAGGGCAAACAUCGGCCGGCCGGUCAAGGCGCGAAACCGACGGUGCCCUUCUCGAGGAGCUGGUGGCCCAAGAACAAGUAACCGAGGAGUAUUUGGAGGAGUUCGACGAGGAAGAGGAAGAGAUUGACCACGCUGGGGGGAAACGACCGUCAGGGCAAACAUCGGCCGGCCGGUCAAGGCACGAAACCGACGGUGCCCUUCUCGAGGAGCUGGUGGCCCAAGAACAAGUAACCGAGGAGUAUUUGGAGGAGUUCGACGAGGAAGAGGAAGAGAUUGACCACGCUGGGGGAGAGACCAGUAACAGCGGUCUCCAAGCUAUCCCCAACCAAAAUAUACAGCCGUCAGGGCAAACAUCGGCCGGCCGGUCAAGGCGCGAAACCGACGGUGCCCUUCUCGAGGAGCUGGUGGCCCAAGAACAAGUAACCGAGGAGUAUUUGGAGGAGUUCCACGAGGAAGAGGAAGAGAUUGACCACGCUGGGGGGGAGACCAGUAACAGCGGUCUCCAAUUUAUCCCCAACCAAAAUAUACAGCCGUCAGAGCAAACAUCGGCCGGCCGGUCAAGGCGCGAAACCGACGGUGCCCUUCUCGAGGAGCUGGUGGCCCAAGAACAAGUUAUCGAGGAGUAUUUGGAGGAGUUCCACGAGGAAGAGGAAGAGAUUGACCACGCUGGGGGAGAGACCAGUAACAGCGGUCUCCAAGCUAUCCCCAACCUAAAUAUACAGCCGUCAGGGCAAACAUCGGCCGGCCGGUCAAGGCGCGAAACCGACGGUGCCCUUCUCGAGGAGCUGGUGGCCCAAGAACAACCGUCAGGGCAAACAUCGGCCGGCCGGUCAAGGCGCGAAACCGACGGUGCCCUUCUCGAGGAGCUGGUGGCCCAAGAACAAGUAAGCGAGGAAUACUUGGAGGAGUUCGACGAGGAAGAGGAAGAGAUUGACCACGCUGGGGGGGAAACCAGUAACAGCGGUCUCCAAGCUAUCCCCAACCUAAAUAUACAGCCGUCAGGGCAAACAUCGGCCGGCCGGUCAAGGCGCGAAACCGACGGUGCCCUUCUCGAGGAGCUGGUGGCCCAAGAACAAGUAAGCGAGGAAUACUUGGAGGAGUUCCACGAGGAAGAGGAAGAGAUUGACCACGCUGGGGGAGAGACCAGUAACAGCGGUCUCCAAGCUAUCCCCAACCUAAAUAUACAGCCGUCAGGGCAAACAUCGGCCGGCCGGUCAAGGCGCGAAACCGACGGUGCCCUUCUCGAGGAGCUGGUGGCCCAAGAACAAGUAACCGAGGAGUAUUUGGAGGAGUUCCACGAGGAAGAGGAAGAGAUUGACCACGCUGGGGGGAGACCACCGUCAGGGCAAAAAUCGGCCGGCCGGUCAAGGCGCGAAACCGACGGUGCCCUUCUCGAGGAGCUGGUGGCCCAAGAACAACCGUCAGGGCAAACAUCGGCCGGCCGGUCAAGGCGCGAAACCGACGGUGCCCUUCUCGAGGAGCUGGUGGCCCAAGAACAAAUAAGCGAGGAAUACUUGGAGGAGUUCCACGAGGAAGAGGAAGAGAUUGACCACGCUGGGGGAGAGACCAGUAACAGCGGUCUCCAAGCUAUCCCCAACCUAAAUAUACAGCCGUCAGGGCAAACAUCGGCCGGCCGGUCAAGGCGCGAAACCGACGGUGCCCUUCUCGAGGAGCUGGUGGCCCAAGAACAAGUAACCGAGGAGUAUUUGGAGGAGUUCCACGAGGAAGAGGAAGAGAUUGACCACGCUGGGGGGAGACCACCGUCAGGGCAAACAUCGGCCGGCCGGUCAAGGCGCGAAACCGACGGUGCCCUUCUCGAGGAGCUGGUGGCCCUCGAGAAGGAGAGGCACGCGAUGGUUGCGAAGAAGAGUGGCAACUACCAUGCCAUGAUGAGCUUGGUCACUCUCAUGGACAUGCUGACCAGGACCAAAUUGACGCGCUGGAGGAGAUCCUGCGGUUUGGUCACCGCGUGUUGA